AUGAGCAACCAUCCCCAUGAGGACGACGACACCAUGAUCAUGGACGACGAAGGCGACAUGGACGGUGAAGACCAGCUUGUAGACGACGAAGGUUCCCCUUCGGUCGCCCCGCCAUUGUCGCACACCUCCUCGAACAACCAAACUACUCGUGACACCUCACCGCCAGACCACAAACCAGCCUCCUCCGCACGACGAAGAAGACCUCACGAGGGCUCUUCUUCUCUUCAUGGACCGAUUGACAAAUCAGCCCGCAAACGGGAACAACGCGAGCGCGAAAAGGAGCAGCAAAAGCAACUCCUCGCCAAACUAAUCGAGAUAUUCGGUGAGCGCUUCAAACCACACCGAGCGCUAACAUUGUCACUGGCAGAGGCCGGCGGGGGCACAUGCGCCGUCCAGCAAGGACAAAAGAAGUUUCCAUGGGUAGACUUACCCGCUGCACUCAUCCGAAUCGGUAAAUACUUUGCGGGAUGGCCCGAAAAGUGCUUGCCCAAAAUGUCGGACAAGCACCCAGACCGUAUCGACGCAUCGACUGGACCCUCUCAAUGGUCGCUGAAACAGAAACGAGCUAUGGAAGCGCAAAUUGCAAAAGGCGCGAACUUCGUCCUUCUGACGUGCGGUACUCUCGCCUCUUACAGACAGAGCAGUGAUAUUCGAAAUUGUCGACGACUAUGGAAACGUCAAGGAUUCCACUGUCGAGUUCUCGGAAAACUGGGUCCGUUACAAACUAUUGGGGCUCGGGACCUCUCCCCACCGAAUCGCACCCUCGCGUUGCCUCCCAUCCGGGCCCAUGGUGACUCGUUUAACGAACGUCUAGAUCUGCCGAGCCUAUCUAAGAUGACGAGUUAUAGUGGUUUACACACGCCCGAGGACGGUUCUAGGUCACCAUCACCAUCGAGCAACUUCUCUGAUAGUCGUCACUAUCCUGGUUCCUUCCUCUCGAGCAACAGGCAGACGCACUGCCCUCCCCUUCGUAACAGCUACCCUUCCUCACUUAGUCAAGACGACUUUUUCUCAUCACGUGGAAGGGUGCUUACAUUGGAGCAUGGGCUUCCUCGUACUGCUACGUCCCUACGCUCAACCUCACGUCAAAGAAGUAUUCACCCAUAUCAUCAUCACCCAUACUCUCAGACAUUGGCCGCCAGUAGUAUGUCAUCCAUAAGGUCACGACCCCCGUCACCCCUGUCCGUUCAUACACACUCGCAUUCACGUUCGCAUUCUGGUGUCACAACCUCGACAUUACCCGCGGCCAAUGAACUAUUGCCUGGCUCCGCGUCACGAAGCGCUUCGCUGAAUGGCCCUUCGCUAUCACCUUCCUCAGGAGCUGGGCAACAGAGUGUUCCUUCUCACGUUCCAGAUGUGCCUGGAUCCGUCGUAGCAUGGGACGCUCCGACGCGCGGAUGGGUGCUUAAAGUACAGCAUGAGGGUGGCCUCCGAACAUUACCCUGCUCAAGCGGCAGUCUCGUUCUAUGGCAUAGAGAAAUGGAUGAGUGGGAGUGCCGUCCCGCACAGCCUGAAAUCGGGCGAGCAAUUUGGAACCGCGGAAUCGGCCGUUGGGAGCUAUAUUUACCAUCAGAUGAUGAUAUGGACGUAUCAGCGGCACCUGCCAACUCGAGUCGGCACGCUAAUUACCCCACUCAUAUCCCGGCCGUUGACGGAACCUGUCUAUUCGAUUCAGAGCGUUUCCAUGCAUGGGUCUUUUACCCUGCCCCUGGCUGCGAGAACCAGCUACCGAUUACUCCCUGUGUCAUCGUUUGGAGUGUCGAGAGGAAGCAAUGGUCGUUGCUUUCUGAAUCACCCAACGGUGCAGAGGUCUCUUGGAGCCAAGAAGACAAGGCUUGGCAUUUCAGUAUGCAGAUGCGGCCAUCGAGUAAACACGGAAACUUGGGUCCUUCCUCUAAUGCGUCACCUCGUCCCUCCUCCGCUCCUCACCCUAAUACACUACCACCACUAAUCAUGCGCGCUUCAUCGCCCAUUCACUCGCCGCGCUCCACUGCGGCUCGACCAAUGUCAACUGCGAGCUCCUCAUUUUGA